GAGCUGCGUUGCCCGGGAGCCGGCGCUCGAGCCCAGCGGGGGGUUUCAGUUUCUGGCGCGAACUUCCGCCGCUCCGAAUUUGCAAGGCAAAUUGGCGCGAUGUCUGGGGAUAGCAGUGGCCGCCGGUCCGAGGGUCGGGGUCGGAGCCGCGACCCACACCGGGAUCGCACCCGCUCCCGUUCCCGCUCGCGGUCUCCGCUGGUCCGCCGUGGCUCCGCGCCCGAGCGCAGGGAGGCAGCGGAGCGCCCGAGCUUGGAGGACACCGAACCGUCUGAUUCCGGGGACGAGCUGAUGGACCCGGCCUGCUUGGAGGCCGAGUACGAUCAGGGCCUAUGCCGCCAGAUCCGCCAUCAGUACCGCGCUCUCAUCAACUCCGUCCAACAAAACCGGGAGGACAUACUGAAUGCUGGUGACAAAUUAACAGAGGUCCUUGAAGAGGCCAACACUCUGUUUAAUGAAGUAUCAAGAGCAAGAGAAGCAGUUCUAGAUGCCCAGUUUCUCGUUCUGGCUUCAGACUUGGGCAAAGAGAAAGCCAAACAGCUGCGCUCUGACCUAAGCUCAUUCGACAUGUUAAGAUACGUUGAAAUGCUACUGACACAUAUGGGUGUAAAUCCGCUAGAAGCUGAAGAAGUCAUCCGUGAUGAAGAUAGAACUGAUAUUGAAUUAAUUGUCUAUGACUCCUGGAAAAUAUCAGGCAAAACAGCAGAAAACACCUUUAAUAAAACCCAUACAUUCCACUUUCUGUUGGGUUCAAUACAUGGAGACUUUCCUGUGCCAAAGCCACGAAGUGAUCGACCAAGACAGCCUCGCAUGAUAGAAGAGCAGCGGGCAAUGCCUGCUCAGUUGAAAUGCAUGGAGGAAUCUCAUCAAGAAGCAACUGAGAAGGAAGUAGAAAGGAUCUUGGGGUUGUUGCAGACCUACUUCAGAGAAGACCCUGAUACGCCAAUGUCCUUUUUUGAUUUUGUGGUUGAUCCACAUUCUUUCCCCCGCACAGUGGAAAACAUCUUUCAUGUUUCCUUCAUUAUACGGGAUGGUUUUGCGAGAAUAAGACUUGACCAAGACCGACUACCGAUAAUAGAGCCAGUGAUUAAUGAAGAAAACGAGGGAAUUGAACAGAACACGCAAAUGAGGAGCCAAGGAAUUAUAGCCUUGAGUUACCGUGACUGGGAGGAGAUUGUGAAGACCUUUGAGAUCUCUGAACCUGUGAUCUCUAUGAGUCAGAGCCAGCAGCGAUUAAGUGCCUGAUGCCAGCUGAAGAACUGGAGGCGAUAGUGAAAUCCUGAAAAGAAAGAAGCAUAUACUGUAAAUAUGUAUGAUUAAAUGUUUUUUAAAGAUGAAGAUUGUUUUUCAUAAAAUGUAGCUUUUGAUAGUUAAUGGAUUUGUCCUGGUUGUCUUUAAUUAAAAGGAAAUUCACUGCCAUAUUCACAAAUGAUUGUCUUUUGUCUCUUGGGAUCUGGUCCCCCUUUUUCUAGUCCAAUAAAAGUUUUAAUUAGGUUGUCAGUGUGUAAUUAUUAUAGUUUUUAAAAAAUGUUUCUUUAGUUGUAAAAUUAGCUGGCCAAGCUAACAGACAGCUUGGGCCAAAUGAAACUGGUGUUUUGUAGAUUAAAAGCAAUCAAAUAAACCCGGACAGUGGUAGCGCAUACCUUUAAUCCCAGCACUUAGAAGGCAGAGACAGGCGGAUCUCUGUGAGUUCGAGGCCAGCCUGGUCUACAGGAGCUAGUCCCAGGAGAGGCUCCAAAGCUACAGAGAAACCGUCUCGAAAAAAACAAAACAAACAAAAAAAAUAUUUUUAAUGAGACUUGGCCUAUGCUUUAUACCUAGGAAGCUGUUCUAUCUUCUGGCAAGUGAAGCUGUACUGUGCUCCUGGCAGCAGCACCAAGGGUGGGCUCAUUCUGCAGCAUGUCUCUUUGCCCUACUCAUCCAUGUUGGGCUUUCUAGUUGGCCCUUGAUGUUCUCUGGGUUCCUUCUUCCUAGCUUUCUAUUUUUAUCAUUUCCCUCU